CUAAAAUAUUCGGGCACUUUUUUAAGAUAAGAUUGUACGCAGCCCGAGAACGGAGCUCCGACUUCCCCAGGGCACAGCAGCAGUUUAACUUUAUCACGGUAAAUUGUCGCUGGGAUGACGACUUCCUCGGAGACCGCGAGCCCAUUGGGGCCAAAGGACGGUGAGCAGAUUCAAAUCAGUGGUGGCAACAGCACGAGCACGACUACCCAAAUACCGACGACACAAACACCUUCUUCAGAGGACGAUGGGUCACUCGCCAAAACACCGUUUCUGAGCAGCCUUUCCCUCACCGAAUACAGCGCAAAGCCGACUAUCUCUCCCGAGGAUAGGAAGAUGAACAUGAAGAACAUCGUUCCCGAAGAGUUUCUUCUGCCGAAUGGAAACCCGGACUACUUGCGUCUUAUUAUCACUUCCUACCCCAGGGUUAGAGAGGUGUGCAACGAGAUCCCACUGGUCCACGCGGUCAACCUAAGCAAUCGCCUGGAAUGUAAGGUACUGCUCAAGCGUGAGGAUGAGCAGCCCGUGUUCAGCUUCAAGCUACGGGGCGCCUAUAACAAGAUGGCCCACCUGGACCGGGCCGAGUCCUGGCGAGGUGUGAUUUGCUGCAGCGCCGGCAACCAUGCACAGGGUGUGGCGUACUCCGCAAGAAAGUUGAAAAUUCCGGCCACCAUUGUCAUGCCCAAGGGCACGCCGAGCAUCAAACAUCUCAACGUGUCAAGAUUGGGAGGUCAUGUGGUUCUCCAUGGCGCGGACUUUGACGAAGCCAAGGAGGAGUGCGCUCGGCGGGCAAAGCAAGACGGCCUGAUCAACAUCCCGCCAUUCGACGACCCGUACGUCAUCGCUGGCCAGGGGACCAUUGGCAUGGAGAUUCUCUCUCAGACAAACCUGCAGAAGCUCCAGGCAAUCUUCUGCUGCGUCGGCGGCGGCGGCCUCAUUGCUGGUGUUGGUGUCUAUGUGAAGCGCAUUGCGCCGCACGUCAAGAUUAUUGGGGUGGAGACUUACGACGCGGACGCCAUGACCCAGUCGCUGGCAAAGGGCGAACGCGUGCUUCUCAAGGACGUCGGGCUCUUUGCAGACGGAGCAGCGGUCAAAACCGUCGGCGAGGAGACAUUCCGCAUCUGUCAGGAGGUGGUCGACGAAAUGGUUCGGGUGACCACGGACGAGGCCUGCGCCGCCAUCAAAGACAUGUUCGAGGACACUCGGUCCGUGGUCGAGCCUGCGGGUGCCUUGGCCAUUGCUGGACUCAAGAAAUGGGUCGCCGCGAACCCCUCCAGCGAUCCAACAAGAUCUGUCGUGGCUAUCACAUCUGGCGCAAACAUGAACUUCGACCGGCUCGGCUUUGUUGCUGCUCGUGCUACGUACGGCGAAGGGAGGGAAGCGCUUUUGGCCGCCAAAAUCCCGGAAAAACCAGGUGCUUUUGCAGAGCUGAUCAAUGCUGUUAUGCCCCAUUCCGUAACCGAAUUUAGUUACCGGUAUGCGGGCGACACUGAGGCUAACGUGCUACUCGGCAUCUCUCUCACGGCGCCGGGGAGCCAACGGGCACACGAACUACAAAAGAUCAUGGAUCGCAUCCGGGCAUCUGGGACAAUGGACGUGGCCGACUUGUCCGGGGAUGAGCUGACGAAGAGCCAUCUCCGGUACAUGGUUGGUGGUCGAUCUAACGUGCCGAACGAGCGCCUCUACAUGUUUCGGUUCCCCGAGCGGCCCGGUGCUCUGGAGCGAUUCCUUCAGACGCUCCGACCAAAAUAUAACAUUAGCCUAUUCCAGUACCGGAACCAUGGUGGAGACAUUGGCCAGGUUUUGACUGGAAUUCUGUGUCCCGAUGACGAAAUCACCGAGCUACAUCAGUUUCUUAAGGAGAUUGGUUAUCCAUGGGAGGAUUGCACAAGUUCUGCUAUGUUCAAAACAUUUCUAAGAGCAUAAGAAGAAGAUAGUAUAGAAGCCUAGGUAUAGACAUUUUAACUAAUACAUCUGAUAGCUUAUAUAUAUAUACUCUUAUAACU